GUAUUUAGUAUGCGGGGUAAGUCUAUGCGACCAUGUCAUGGCUUGUUCUUGUUAUGUCUUGGAUUUCUUACAGGUGAGAAGACAAAUCUAACAUUUCCAAUAACACAUGAGUCACUCUUUUUUUUCUCAGGACUGAGUGACAGAAAGGAGCAGGUUUGAACAUGCGGCCCCGCGCUGCGACAGGACGGAUGAUGGGGAGGGGCGUGGUGAAGCAGCAGAGGCGGAUCAGAGGGGAUGUUUUGAAUUCUACGUUGCCACUUCACCUCAGCUAAUAACUGUGUGGGCCGUCCAAACCGGUGUUCAUUUGCCUGCUGCAGCUCAGGAGGAGAAGAGCUGUGAAGUCAAGCCGAGGAUGAAUCUCUACAGGAGUUUUGGAAACCUAAUGGAGGCUUGGGUAUCUGAAGGAAGCCAGUGUUUGAAUGAUGAUGACCCUCCUACUCCUUCCUCUGACACUGGGAACCUGCGCUCAGAAUCGGUGGACUCUGGGGUGGAGACAGCCAGCUCUGACGCGUCCUUUCCUGCUAUAUCCUGCUCAACAGAUAACACAGAAAUUGAAAUAUUUACACCAGAAAGAGAAGACGACUCACCCACUCCAGCUUCAACAUCACUGUCUCCUGUGCUCUCCUCUCCUGCGUCUUCCUUAUCCUCCUAUUCGUCUGUGCGCCUCUGUCCCAGCAGAGCUCAGGAGGGCUCCAGCAUCCUACGGCAAAAAGUGGAGCAAGCAAUCCUGAGGACUGAAUCCAAACAUCUAAAGGAAAAGCCAGAGCCCCUCACAGUGGACGUGGUGCUCAGACGACGUCCUCGAGCAUCGUUUCAACCCAAACAGCAGACAUCUGGGUUAGUGAGAGGUCAAAGGUCAGAGAGUUUUGGUUCAAGGAGGACUGUUGACCCACUAGUGCAUACGAGGCAGAUAUGCAGACGACCAAUGUCUAUGAGUUGUGUAAAGCCAGCAGUUCAAAGAAGAUUAGAGGACCUUGGUGAGGAGGAGGUGAAUGGAUUGAGUCCUGGGCUCUGCUACUUGGAGCAAGUGUGUCAAAUGUUGGAAGAAAUUGCCAGACAACAGAUGCACAGCCAAGCGUUACAGAUGGAGAUGAAUGCCCUGCAGGAGUGUCAAGACUCGGAGGUGAGUCAGGCUCUCAACGCCUGUCAGAAUGACUUCAAAGCGGCUGAGGAGGACCUCUCUUCUUGUCCAAGGCUUGAAAACGCAGAAAAUGCAGAACUCAGUUCCAGUGAACCCCAAAGGCGGAAGAAUUACACUCAUUUUCGACAGAGAUCAGCUUCAGACACAACUAUUGCAACACUGCAUUUAAGAAAGUUGAGUGCAGGCUGCAGAGGGCAGCAUCAGAGUACAGAUAACAUACUGGAGAGGGUAGAGGAAAACCAUGAAGUGCAGGAGUCGAAAAAAGAGGGGGUAAAUAAAAGAACCAGCAAGACCUGGAAGCUUAAAAUUGGGUCUUUGGGAAGAGGCUCUUCUGUGAGAGAAAUAUGGGGCCAACAGAUGCAGUCAUCUGAGAAAAACUCUGCACGACGACGGUUGAGCCAGCUGUUCAGGAGGACCAGGAGGAAAACUGAGCCUGUAUAAAUGAUGAUGAUGGACAUUUUUGGUUUCAGCUCUGAAGAGGGAGAGAUGAAAGAUUUCCUUUAGAAGUCUAAACACUGUUGCUGCUUUCAAACUGACUACCAGCUCAUGUGAUGUAGCAGUCUGCCUUGUUUAUUUAUUGUUUAUGCUUACCAGUAUUAUUUAUAUAGAUAAAUAAACUGUUUUUCUAUAAAACUGUGA